CGCACAAAGAUACACAGAGAGAGAGAAGAGAAGAGGAAGAAAAUGGGAUCCAUAUCGGCAGCUCCGGGAACCACCGUCUUAUUCUCCAAUCUCCGUCGCCACAGUUUAUACAAUCGUCGUCAUGAGAAUCUACCCGUCGUUUCGUCUUCACAACCGUCUCUAAUGCCAAAGCAGAGAUGGCUUUACGUUCCUGAGACGAGGUUGUUGAAAAGAGAGAUUCUAAAGCUCGAUUUCAUUGUAAGAGCUGCUGAUUCCACGAGCUCUUCUCCAUCAGUAGCUUCCGGUGAUAGAACCCUAAUCCCUGAUGAUGAAUUCACUUUAGCCAAGAUUUCAUUUGGUGUUAUUGGGCUAGGUCUCGGGGUUUCGCUACUCUCGUAUGGUUUUGGGGCUUAUUUUAAUAUCCUUCCUGGAUCUGAGUGGUCUGCUAUAAUGCUAACAUAUGGAUUUCCCCUUGCUAUUAUCGGAAUGGCUCUUAAGUAUGCAGAACUCAAACCCGUUCCUUGCUUGAGCUACUCAGAUGCUGUAAAGCUUAGAGAAAGCUGCGCUACUCCUAUUUUAACGCAGGUUAGAAAUGAUGUCACGAGAUACCGUUAUGGAGAUGAACAACAUUUGGAAGAAGCACUAAAACGAAUCUUUCAAUAUGGACUGGGAGGAGGAAUCCCAAGACGUAGUGCACCUAUCUUACAGCUGAUAAGGGAGGAGGUCCUGACCGAUGGUCGUUACUGUCUGGUCCUUGUAUUUGAGGCCAAAGCUUUGACGUUGUCAGAUUAUGAAAAAAGACAGGGGAAAUUCACAUCCUUCUUUGGACCAGACAUCACUGCAGAAGUUGGUAAAGGAGAAAGUGAGAAUCUCUAUGAAGUAAGACUGAUUUCCAACCUCUCCACAAACUCUGUAUCUUCUACCUCUUGAACAUAGACAAUCAUGUAUACGGCGAUGUUUUCAGUAAAAUGUUAUUUUGUAAUUUUGGUCUUGUAUAUCAAUUCUAUAUAAUCAUCCUAUGUAUAAAAUGUUCAUACUACU